AUGGAUCCGAUGCUGAACGUGAGCGACCUUCUGGAUUAUGAGACUAUCCCGUACCUAGGAGAGAAGCGCACCCUGCCCGUGUAUGAGGUGGUGCUCAAAGUCAUCCUAUUCACCGUGAUUAUCAUCAUCGCGCUCGUCGGCAAUUUGCUUAUAAUUGUGGCUGUCAUUCGUCAAAAACAAAUGCAGACGACGACGAACUUUUACAUCGUCAACUUGGCGGUUGCUGACCUGUUGGUGACUAUAUUCUGCACAUGGGUACACUUGGUGAAUAACCUCAACAAUAAUGACUGGGUGCUUGGGCGAUUUUUCUGCAAAUUCAACACUUUCUCACAAGUGUUUUGCUUGGUUGCAAGUUCUCUGUCACUAUCACUUAUUGCGUAUGACCGUUUCUUCGGAAUCGUAUUUGCGCUCAAGGCGCACAUGUCGAGAAGAAAGGCGCGUUUCUCUAUUGGUGUCGUCUGGAUGUGUUCUUUCAUCAUCGCGGCGCCUCUGCUCAAGUUCCGGGAUCUUAAUGUACGCCGCUGGAUGGACUACACGGAGAGCUGGUGUGACGAUUCGUGGCCUGUGCAACGAAAACAUGUUUACGGAAGUAACAUGACCAUCGACUACAUGCCGUCAAGGACCAUCUAUUUUACAUUUGUUUCGGCAGUUCUCUACUUUUUGCCGAUGGUUGCCAUGUCAAUUUCCUAUACAAUUAUCAUCAUAAAGUUAGGUCGUAAAACAACGCCUGGGGAGCAGCUAAAUGCGGGACUAGUCGCCCAGCAGAAACGGAAACGAAAGGUAAUAGCAAUGCUGACGACAAUUAUGGCUGUAUUCGGAAUCUGUUGGCUGCCGUACCAGAUAGUUAUUUUACACAGUGAGCACCGGGAAACAAGGACAGAGCUAGGAGAAUGGUGGUUCACGAUGCAGUUUUUUGCCGGAUGUUUGGCCUACUCCAAUGCUGCGCUUUAUCCAUUGAUAUUUGCUGGGUUCGCACGGAAUUUCAAGCAAGACAACUAA